AUGUCUUCCCAAACCACAAAAAUCAUCACCGUCUUCGGUGCCACUGGCCACCAGGGCGCCUCCGUCAUCGCUUCCCUCCUCCGGAACCCCGCCUUCGCCGUCCGCGGCACAACCCGCAACGUCUCCUCCGAAGGCGCCCAGGCACUUACCGCCAAGGGAGUCCAACUGUUUACGGUUGACGCCGUCAAUCCGGAUGCCGACCAGCUGGAGGCCGCGCUGAAGGGGGCUUGGGGAGUGUUCUUGAACCUGUCUUCGCACGAUCCUUCGAUCGAGGAGAAUGAAUACGCGGCUGGAAAAGCCAUGAUCGAUGCCAUCCAGGGGGCUGGAGUAGAGCAUAUCGUCUACUCAUCCCUCCCGCCGUCCUCGCUGCUCACUUCCGGGGAGGUUCCGAUGGCAACGUUCGACGAGAAAUACAAACUGCAGCAAUACAUCAGCAACUCGUGCAACUUCGCCACCGCCAGCUUCAUCCAAGCCGCCUGGUACUUCGAUAACUUCAAGUACGCGGACUUUAGCGGCGGAUUCCCGUUCGUUCCGGGUGCGGAUGGGGUCUACACCUUACGGUAUCCCUCAUGUGGCCCGAACCUCCCGCUGGUUGCGAUCGAGAACGAUUUUGGCGACUGGGUGCACGGGAUAUUGCUCGAGCCCGAGGCGUGGAACGGCAAGGUGGUGCAGGGAAGCAGCGCGAUCAUGAGUUACCAAGAGAUGGUGGAGAGGUUUGAGACAUACACCGGCAAGAAAGCCCGCGUCGACGAGAUCUCCGUUGCUGAGUUUGAGACCUUCGGGCUGAGCUGGAUGGAGGAGAUAGCGAAGAUGUUUACCUUCUUCCAGAAGACGGCGGGGAGGUAUUAUGGUGUUGAGAACGACCUGGGAAACGCAAAGAAGCUUAAGGCGGCGGUCGCGGAGAAGGUCGGUGGGAAGGCUACGUUGACGACUUGGGAGGAGUGGUUGGCAGAGAAUUGGGAGGAUAAAGAGAAGCAGUAG